CGUAUGGGCGAGCUAGGAGGCUGGAUGAUUACUUGCGUAGUCCUCGUUAUGAGGCCGAUCGGGGUAGAGGCGACUCUAGAGGCCGGUGGGAGUCAGAUCAGGGCCGACGAGACGGAUACAGGGACUGCAGAUAUGAGAGAUCAGACCGAGAUGGAUAUAAGGACGGAAGAUAUGAGAGGACGGAUCGAGAUGGCUACGGAGGUGGUGGAUAUGAAAGAGGAGGUCGAGACGUGGACCGACGAGACGACUCGCGCGGACGGUAUGACCGCGGGGGAUACGCGAGAGAGCAGCGCGACGAUUCGCGGGGGUGGUAUACCCGAGGAGAUCGGCGCGAUGAGACACGCGGGCGAUACGAUGCUGGGGACCGCCGACACGAUUCACGGGGACGAUAUGAGUCAGGAGGAUCUAGGGGAGACCGCCGCAACGAUUCGCGUGAUAGGAAUGAGAGAGGGGGAUAUGGCGCCUCAUCAGAGCCGUAUCCCAAGUCGCCUGACCCCAGAGCAGCGAGAGGGGCUUGUCGUGCUUGACGACCGCAAGUACGUCAAGUGGGCAGAUGAUCUGAGAGAUGUAUCGAUGUUCCCUUCGAUGAAGGAGAAUGUCGAAGCAAGGAGAGUAAAGCCGAGUAGAGGAAAAGAACCGGUCAGGAGUCAGAGCAUCAAGAUAACUUUUGAGGGGGAUAUGGCGACCACACCCAUAAGGGUGGCAGCCACCAAGUCCGCGAGACGAUCUACAUCGAAGAAGACCGACACGGAUUACGUGAUGGCGGAGAAGGACGGCGGGCAGUGGAUCGAUGGAGAGGAGGUUAUUCUUUCACUGCGAAAGCAGGGAGUAAAGAAGUUCUUGAUGAAGAGUUCACUGGAUGAGAUCGACACGGUCGAGCCACUGAGACGGGUCCUUCGGCAGCCCAUGCAGUGCUCUAUUCUGGAGUACCUGGCAGCAUCGAAGCCAUCUCGCGAUGAGUUACAGAUGAUCACACAAAAGACUCGGAUACCUCUAUCAGAGGAGUCUUAGGGGGCCCCUAAGGCGGAAGCUCCUACCGU